AUGCUGUUUUGGCACAACCAGCCAGAGCACCUGUGGCCUAGUCCAGGGGAACUGUACCCUGGGCCUACAAGCAGCUUGCUCAGGGAGUCCCUGCCCUUGCCCUACCUGAAGCAGGAGGAGUUGCCCAGCAUCCCCAGAGAGGAGCCUCCCUGCCUCGCAUUCCAGUAUGUGCUCUGUGCAGCCACCUCGCCAGCUGUGAAGCAGCAGGAGGAAGCCCUCACCUACCUGAACCAGGGCCAGUCCUAUGAGGUGCAAAUGCUCUGCAGCUCCAAGCUGGGUGAUGCCACCCAGUGGCCCCGGCUACUGAAGAGUGUGGUGCGUGUGGUGUUCCAUGACCAGCACCUGCAGUACACGGAGCAGCAGCAGCUGGAUGGGUAGAGAUGGAGUUGGCCUGGGGACCGAAUCCUGGACAUUGAUGUGCCACUGUCCGUGGGAGUAAUAGAACCCCAAAUCCUGCCCUCACAACUCAACACGGUGGAGUUUCAUUGGGACCCAACCAAGAGGAUCUCCCUCUUCCAACAGGUUCACUGCAUCAGCACUGAGUUCACUCCUCGGAAAAAAGGUGGAGAGAAAGGUGUCCCCUUCCACCUCCAAGUUGACACUUUCAAACCCGGUGACAAGGAGCUUCCGCCUGAACACCUGCAUCCAGCGGGCUGCCUCAUCAAGGUGUUUAAGCCCAAAGGGGCUGACCGGAAACUGAAAACUGACCAGGAGAUUGAGAAAAAGCCCUUGCAUGAGAGAGACAAGUAUCAGACUGCCUGUGAGAGCACCGUCUUCAGGGAGAUGUAUUGCUCACCGUAGCCAGAACCUAGCGCAGGGUCCUACCAACCCCUCAGCCCUCUGACUUCUCCCGACUCUUGCAAGUUCCUGUCCCCAGAGAGGCUCUGCUGCUCACCAUCAUUCGUGUUGGACACCUUGGUGGGCAGCGCAGCUGAGGAUCUGAACUCAGGAGCCUCCACCCUAGAGACGCGGCAGUGGUUGCAUCGGCACCGGUUCUCCAGCUACUGCUGGAUGCUAGCCAAUUUCACUGGCACUGAUUUGCUGAAGCUUACCUGCCGGGACCUUUACCAGAUCUGUGGGGCUGCCGAUGGGAUCCGCCUUUUCGACACUCUUAGAGCCAGGCCCAUACCCCUGGCUUUCUAUGUGGCUCAGGCAGCAUCUAGGCAAGAGAACGAGGUUCCUAAGAACCUUGACUCAGGCUUUUAUCAAGAGAUUUCUCUGGAUGAACUCAGUGCAGUAGGGCUCAUGGGGAAACUGGCAGAGCUCUUGGCCCUCCCAGCUAAUCAGAUCCACUGCCUCUUCCACCAGGGCCCUGGGGGCAUCCUCAUUUUCAAAGACCACGUGGUUCAGAAUCUUAAGGAUGAAUCGUACUCUGUGGCUGUGGUGAAGAAAGGUAGGGGUUUUAGAGGGAGAUGCCAGCUUUGUGUCAAAAGGACAGAGAUUCAUAUAGCUGAAAGACAGCUAUUUAUUGCUCAGGAAAAACGUGACUGAAUAAAUGUAUUCUCGUGAAGGAAAAAAAUGCCCGCUUCUCUUCAGGAAUUUAUUAAGGCUCCCUCUCUCUCCCACCUCACCUAACCUGUAAUAUACACUGCAGAAGGGCAGGUGCUUGCUGACCAGUCACCUUGUUCUGGUUAUUUGGAUGCCUGCCUUCUGUCCCUCCUGCUACACUGCAGGAGGCUUCCCAAACAGGUGGAUUCGAGGUGGGGUUGAAAGAACACGGGUGAGGCAGAUGCAAUGCAGGCCUUUUGGAGGUUCUGGAGCAGCACAGUAAUGGUGGUUGGGGGCCAGUCUCAUCCUAGUGGUACCCUUUUUACUUCUUUCAUUGCAGAAUCCAGAUGGCUACUACCUGGUUCUGACCUAGGCCCAGGAGUGCCCUGCUGCAAGAGGAAACUGAUGCCAGCCUGGUUCUCUGUGGCCAU